AUGGACGAGGUUGAGAUCGACAUUCAGCUGUAUAAUGGCCCAUCUACUCCUCCAUAUCGUGGAUUCGAUAGCCCGCGAGGCCGCGGAGGUCGCGGUACCUUCAACACUCCAGGCGGUUACGAUUCAGGACGGAACACGCCUCGCGGCGGCUUCCCUGGCCGUGGACGGGGCCUCAUUGACACAUUCGAGCGUCCUGGAAGCGAAGGAAGAGGCCGCGACCGCGGUUUCGGUCGCCGCCUCCAAGCAAAACUGGGUGCUGGCGCACCGCUUUCAAAGGUGUUGAACGAAGACCGGCCGUACCUCAAGCCGAUUGUAUUUGUGAGGUCGGUAUACACUGCGACGCUAUUCAAAGAGGAGCACGCCGAAGAUAUUCUGAACGCUAUAGUAGAGGAUGUUGCGGAUACAGAAGCCGCACAUGUACCGACCGCGAAACACGUCGAUCGCGUGUUCGGCACUGGCGGGGAACCCUCACAAUCCGACUCCGAAAAAGAGGGCGACGAGGAAGAAGACAUCGAGGAAUACGACUUCGCGGAUAUGAGCCGCUUGAAGGAGGAGUUAGACGCGGCUGCAGCGCAGCAGGCCGUCCCGCGGACUUCGCAAAUCAACGCGACGCAGCAGGACUUCACUGGAUUCUGGAUUGACACGACGCCUGUUGUCCAGUCGACAUACACGCAACCUCAUGCACAACAUGGCGCGGGUCGCCCCGCAUUCUUCGUCGAUACGACGCCUAUGCCUUCUCAUGCUGCUGGAUGCGUCGGCGUAGAUGUGGACCGCGUCUCGGGAGACGCGCUCGGACUUCCCUCUCCAGACGAUGAAAUCAUAGUCUACGUCGCGCCCCACCCUCGGUCUCACCAAAGCACAUCACAAGCACCCAAACUAGAUGCAGACGCAGAAACGGAGCUCGCGCCAGUCCCUACAACUUCUGUUCUCACCGGUACGACACAAUUGCUAUCCGACACCAAACCCGACAUACACGAGCGGAUGCGGACGCCUCCACCCGAUCCGCCGACGGUCGCCGAUAUCAAGUUCACAGUGCUUGGUACACCGAAUGCGCCCUCGCGUACCUCGCGCGGGCCACGUCCGCUACGCACGCCGCGUGCUGCCGUCAUCGGUUCGAAGGUGUUCAAGCGCCGUACGCGUAAUGCCGGACAACGAAAGUUCGGGUUUGGAAUGAUGGGGGCUGCACUGGAGGAGCAACAACUGCGGCUCGAGCAAGAGGAGCGGAUGCGGGGUGACCCGCGCAAGGGCGAGCAGAGGAGGGGCGAUUCGGACGUGGACUGGGGCGACGAUGUGUCGGCGGAGGAGGACGUAGGCACGGGGGAUAUGCAGGUGGACGACGGGUUGGACGGCGAGGCGAUGGCAAGGUUCGUGACGGGCAUGAAGAAAGGCGGAGGGGAGUGGGUAACCAUGGACGACGUGGCGGAUGUGCAGAAGUUGAGGCAGGAGGAUGAAGAGCAGGAAGCAGGUAGAGGAAGCAGCGGCGAGGACGAGGGUGCGGCGAGCGACGGCGCAGAUAGCGAUGAGGAAGGGAAGGAGAUGGAUGCCGUAUUUGACGCGGAGGAAAAAGUGCUCAUUGCCGAAGAAGGAGUGCACGGGCCUGCCGGUACUGACUCGCGAGAAGCAGUGGUUGGGGAGGGGGAGGAGGCAGAGGAUCACGAUGGUGAUGGCGAUGAUGACGAAACUGAGUCUUCUGACGACGAUGUCGACGUUUCGCCGAAAAGCAGCUUCCAAGCUCGGCUCGAACGUCUCCGACAGAAGUCGCGUGGAAAGAAGAUCGUCAGUCAAGAUGAUUUUGAGGAGAGCGAGGGCGAGGAUGGCGAGGACUGGAGCUCGGAUGACGGGAGAGACGACUUUGACUCGCGCUUCACGUGGGCGGAGAGGGACGAAGACCUCAUUCAGGGCAUCCAGACAUUGCUUGAAGAAAACGAGGGUAUACUCCACGGCCGCGAUCGCAAGGCGAAGAAGGAAAUCUUCCGUGCGAUUUGCGAUGGAAAUCUCGAGGGGAUUGCUGAACCGUCACGGCGGAAGAAAGACCAGUGGAAAGAUUUACCUCCCGAGUUGCAAGCGCAAUGGAAGAAGGACCGCGAGAAGAAGGCGGAGAGAAAACGCAUGCGGGAGGCACUACGCCUGGAGGAAGCUGUCGACCCGCUGGCACCAAAGAAGGGCGGCAAGAAAGGCCGAAAGGCUUCGAAAAGGGCGGCCGCGCUGGGUCUCGACAUCCCCAACGCCGUCGUCGACCUCGCGAGCCUCGAGACUCAGAUUCGGAGGUUCAUCACGAACCUGGGCCAGAACUCCAUGGCGCUCCCUCCGAUGGACAAGGAGUCCCGCAAGCGCGUCCACGAGCUCGCUGGCGCGUUCAAUCUCAAGAGUCAGAGCAAAGGGCAGGGCUCAGGCAGGUAUACGACAUUAAUUCGCACGUCGAUGACGGGUGUAGCGAUCAAGGAGAAGAAGGUCAGGGCACUAGUGCGGCGUAAUGGAGGAGGUGAAGACAGAUUUAACGCACCCAAUGGGUUCAGGGGCGGGGGCAGGGCACCUAAGCACCGCGAAGGAGAUGAAGUGGGCAAGGCUGCGCCCAAGAUUUCUGCGUCGAACAUGGGUUUCCAGCUGUUGGCGAAAAUGGGUUGGUCGGAAGGGCAGAGAAUCGGCGUUAGUGGCGGCUUGGCUGCCCCGCUGACGGCCGUUAUCAAAACCACUAAGCUUGGUCUUGGAGCGACGCGCUGA